UUAAAUCAAAGCACCAACCAAGUAAUAGGGCAAGUCUACGAGAGCAAUCUAGAAUGAGACGACGCUAUAUAUACGCUUAUCAUCUUUUCCUCGACCCUCGACCCUCCACCCUCAACCCUCCACCCUCAACCCUCCACCCUCAACCCUACCCUCCAAUGUAAUAAGAAACACUCAUUUCACCCUCAUCGCCUUCGCCAUUUCAUUUUCAAUUUCAACCACUGCUUCGCCUAUUCCCCUCUCCCGCCAUGGCCAUCGACCUCUCAGCUUCCCCACCCCUUUUCUCUACUCUUCUCACCGGAAAGCCCCACCUUCGCCCUAGGCCUGCUCUUCCUCUCAGAAUCGCCAUAUCCUCUGCUUGUACUACCUCCCUCCACUCCCGACAUCGUCAUUUUGCUGUUUCAUUGCCUAGAGCUGCAGCCUCUGAUGAAUCUAGUCCAUUCUUUACUGAACAACGCGAUAGUGUGACAGUCUUGGAAGAUUCUCCUUCUGCUUCUUCACUCACUCUGGAAGAUUCUCCUCCCGAGGAGAUCCCUUCCGACGGAAUUGCGGCAACGGAAGUACCUAAGCAAGAACCGGUUGAAGAUGUGCCUGUGGUAACUCUGGUCGAAAUUGCGACGUCUGAAGAACCUAAAGAACAACCACUUGAGGGUGCUCAAGAACAGGCGUUUGAAUUUUUGAAUGAUCUUAAACUUGAGUCUGUUGAUACAUACAGUCUUGCCUUAUAUGGUGCUGGUGCUUUCUUUGGAAUUUGGUUGGUUUCCGCCAUUGUUGGUGCUGUUGAUUCCAUUCCAUUGGUACCAAAGUUGUUGGAAGUUGUGGGGCUUGGUUACAGUGUGUGGUUCACUGCUCGCUAUUUGUUAUUCAAGGAAAGUAGAGAUGAAUUGGCUGCCAGGAUUGAUGAGUUAAAGGAGCAGGUUUUUGGUUCAGAUUGACAACAGUUCGGUUUGAUAUAUUUUUCUGUCAUACUUAAGUAGUUAGUUAUGUUUGGGUAGAUAAAAGAUAGCUGGAUGUGCUGAUAAACAUAUAUAUAUAUAUAUAUACACCCACAUAUAUAUAUAUAUAUAUAUAUAUAUAUGAUAUAGAUGAUGAUUACGUUUUGUCUCUAAUGGAAAAAAAGCAAAUACUUGAUUCGCUUAUAGAGAAAUGUUUUUAUAAUAUUGAGUUUGCAUUUUUCUGGAA